AUGCAGCCCUACAGCAUCCCGGUGCAGAUCACGCUGCAGGGCAGCCGGCGGCGCCAGGGGAGGACAGCACCUCCUACCUCCGCGAGGAAGGGAGUCCUAGGGCCAAAUGGAGACACAUCAGAGGUGCACCCGAAGCUGCCAUCUAGCGCCGGGGAGGACCGCGCCAUGCAGCUCGGGUUUGUGAUGAUGGCCUCGUCUGUGCUCAUGUUCUUCCUGCUUGGAACCACCAUCCUCAAGCCUUUCGUGCUCAGCACUCAGAGAGAAGAAUCAAAUUGCACUCUCUUGCACACACACAUCACGGAAGACUGGAUGGACUGUGCGUUCACGUGCGGGAUGGACUGCCGAGGGCAGGGCAGGUACCCGUGUCUUCAGGUGUUUGUGAAGCUCACCCAUUCGGAGCAGGAAGUGCUCCUACAUUACAACGAAGAGGCGCUGCAGAUCAAUUCCAAGGGUGAUGUUAUAGACUGCAAAGUUAAAGAAAAGCAGACAUUAACAGUUUCUGAUGAGCACAAACAGGAAGUGCAGUCACAGGUCCAACUUCUUGCUAGAAACAGCAAGACUGGGGAGGGGGCAUAAAUUCAGUGACGCUAUUAUCCCAUAUUCUUAUUACAGUAACACAUGCAUCUUGAUGUGUCGAAUACUUUUCUGGGCCGUCAUUGAAAAAAUAUUUUAAAGCAUUUUUCUCUAACUACUGCAGUAUAGCACAAGACUUCAGUUCAUUGAAAAACAAAAUGCAAAUAGAUUUGCUAUAAUAAAAGGGGCUGGAAAGGGUGGUUGGAGCUCUUUUUUUUUAAAAGUCCAAAUAUUUGAUGUGUUAGUAAUACUCUUUUGUUAGUGCUCUAUUCUCCCAAGAUAUUAAAGUCUUAUGUUACAAAAGAACAUAUUCUUUUAGGUUUUUAUUUAACACAGUUAAGUUUGGGGCCUAGCCUAAAUCAGACCAAAGCCGUUACCUGCAUUUGAAGUUUUUGGUCCAUAACCAAAAACAUUCUGGAAACCAGACAGUCAAAAAUCUUCAACUACUUUUAAGAACAGAAAUUAGAUACGAUGAGAUACGAUGAAGGGUUUUUUCUUAUGGAAUCAAUAGUAAUUACCACAUUUGGAAAUUCAUACUAUAGUGUUCACUAAAGAUAUAUAUAUAUAUAUAUAUUUGAAGAAAUAAAAAGCAGUGAAGAUUUUCUGCCUUCUUGCUAAUCCACAGUAAGAAGAAUCACUUAAAAUUAUCACUUAAAAAAAUACUAGCUUUUAGCAUAACCACAAAAUCACUGUAGCAACAGAUUAAAUAAGGCUUGGAUGAACUAAAAUCUUAUGGAGUGCAUUAAAAACCAUUUUUUACUUAACACAACGAUUGGAGUCUAUGGUUGGCAGUGAAAAUCAGUUACCCACCUAUGCUAAAUGUACCAUGAACUGAUUUUACUUCCUAUCCCCAAUUCCUGGCCAAUGAAAACUGUUCUAUGUAGUUGUGUAAAAGUUGUCAAAUACUUUCCUUAUGGCUCAUUAACUGCCACUUUAUGGUAACUACCAUGGCUUUAAUAGUAAGAUAUCUAAAGCUAAGCAAAAGAAUGGAGCUAUACUGAAAAAAAGUGCAAAGCCUUAAUCAACUGCAAUACUGGAAUAAACUAAGCCUCUUUAAAAACUGACCCUAACCUGGGAAACUCCUCAUCAAUUUUAGAACCUUAUACAAAAUGCUUCUUGACCAGGGCUGGCAAGCAAUGUGCAUACAAAUACUGUACAAACACUUAUUUCAUUCAUAGUGAAGAAUAAUUUCAAAUGUCAAAUUUAAGAAGCCAGCACUGUGGACCUCCUGGCA